AAGAAAUCGCGUUUAUGCCGCGGCUCCUGAAAGUGCGGCGAACGUGGGCUGGUGAAAAUGGAAUGCGCUUGCUGGAAGAGGAGGAGUAUGACUGUGUAAUUAAACGAGGAAAAAAAACUCGAGACUGAUUUGUUAGGAUCGAGCAGACUAGAGGGUGUUCCCGGUCCAUAUUAUAUCAAGUUAGAAAAGCAAACACAGGAUCAGAAAUUUGGCGCCUGCAACUUUUUAUAAUACACUUGUGAACGAUAUUCCAGCAGCAAAAAUCUGACUUAAUCUCUGAUUCCGGUUACGCUAUUUUUUCCCCCCCGUCUUUCUCCAGUUCAGGAUUUGCUGUCUCUUGGAUGCAACCAUGAUAUGUUUUAAGUCCUUUAGUGUAUAUCAGAUGUUUCGCCGAAUCUGAACAGUUUAAUGAGGAGGCUUGGAUCGACGGAGCUGUUUUACGCUAUUGGAUAAUAUCUGACUGCGAUUUUAAUGACACAAACUUUUCAGUGUCCGUGCGCGCUGCACCCUGGACACGGAGGAAUGAAUCGAUAAAAUCAAUCCACUCCAGGGACGUUUGCGGCUCAGUGAAGUAGCGUUGUGUUAAUCAAGGUCAUGAUGUAUUCUCCAAUUUGUCUAACACAGGACGAGUUCCACCCUUUCAUCGAGGCCCUCCUUCCACACGUCCGCGCCAUCGCCUACACGUGGUUCAACCUCCAGGCCCGGAAGCGCAAGUACUUCAAGAAGCACGAGAAGCGGAUGUCGAAGGACGAGGAGCGCGCGGUGAAGGACGAGCUCCUCAGCGAGAAGCCCGAGAUCAAGCAGAAGUGGGCGUCCCGCCUGCUGGCCAAACUGCGCAAGGACAUCCGGCAGGAGUAUCGCGAGGACUUCGUGCUCAGCGUCACGGGGAAGAAGCAUCCCUGUUGCGUUCUAUCCAACCCUGACCAGAAGGGCAAAAUCCGCAGGAUCGACUGCCUGCGGCAGGCCGACAAGGUGUGGCGGCUGGACCUGGUGAUGGUGAUCCUCUUCAAGGGCAUCCCUUUGGAAAGUACGGACGGCGAGCGGCUCGUCAAGUCGCCCCACUGUACCAACCCCGCACUUUGCGUCCAGCCACAUCACAUAACAGUGUCGGUGAAGGAGCUGGAUCUGUUUCUCGCUUACUAUGUCCAGGACCCAGACUCACAGCAGUCAGGAAGUCCCAGUAACAAUGAGCCAGGAAAGAACCCUCCAGGGUACCUGGAGGACAGUUUCAUUAAGUCGGGCGUCUUCAGCGUUUCGGAGCUGGUGCGAGUUUCCAGAACACCCAUUACCCAGGGAGCUGCUGUGAACUUCUCCAUCACAGAUAUGCCGAGUCAGCCAUAUUACCAUGACUUGAAUUCCAGUGUGGGGCUCCACAGGUCGUUGUCUUCCCCUCCUGGCAGCAAACGUCCCAAGACCAUCGCCAUUGAGGACAGCAUGGAGACAAGCCCAUCCGGAGACUUCUACUCGUCCCCCAACUCCCCGGCCAGCGUCAGCCGGCCCUGGCACGAGAGGGAGCAAGCAGACAUGGCCUCCCCCACCAUGAAAAAGCCAGAAAAGCCAUUGUUUAGCCCCACCUCCCCGCAGGAUUCCUCCCCAAGACUGAGCACUUUUCCACCGCAUCACCACCCAGGGCUAACGGGGGUGGGACACAGUGUGAUUUCAACCAGGAGCCCCCCACCGCAUUCACCACUGCAAUUCUCUGCUCCAGCAAUCCUUCCCCCUGCCCCAUCAACAUACUUCUCCCACCCCACCAUCCGCUACCCACCGCAUCUCAACCCCCCUGAUGCUCUGAAGACCUACGUUCCUCCGUAUGAUUCAUCCAGCCCCCAGAGCGGCCAGCCCAACAGCAGCGGGCAGGGUGUGGGGAAGCUCCCUGGCCAUUUCACCCCAGUGUUGGCACCCUCCCCGCACCAUGGCGCAGUGCGACCCGUCUCCCUCUCCAUGCCUGACACCAAGCCCAUUACCACCUCCACGGAAGCCUACUCCGCCCCGGGCACCCCCACCGCCAACCGAUUUGUGGGCCUGAGCUCCAGAGACCCGGCCUUCCUCCACCAGCAGCAGCUGAGGAUUUGUGACUGGACCAUGAAUCAAAACGGCAGGCAUUGUUACCCAACUGCCAGUGAGGAUACUUUGGGGAUUACUUGGCAAAGCAGUCCUGGUACCUGGGCGAGCUUAGUUCCAUUCCAAGUGUCGAACGGGACUCCGAUUCUGCCAGCAAAUGUCCAGAACUACAGCAUAAACAUCAUUGGUGAGCCCUUCCUUCAGGCAGAGACAAGCAACUGAAGUCAGACCUGGGAGGAAGUGAAGUGACCCGAAGCAGCGGAGCAGCGGGUGAACCAGCAAGUGGCACUUAUACAAUCUCCACUGUCCCGAGAGGGACUCUGGCUACGAACACUAGAGCAAUGGCUGAAGCUCUUUAAUGAUGUAACAAUGCUCACGCCAGACAGUCUUUGUGUGAAGCCCCCCCCCCUCACCCCCCCAGUUAAAUACUGUGACGUAACUAAUACUACGUUAGAUGCCUUAAUGUUUGCAUUACAUGCUAGUUUCUAUUUGUAUUUCUCCAGUUCUUUUUUUGGGAGUUCUGGUCCUGGUUUACAAGCAGGUUGAAUAGAUCUGAACACACAGAGACUGGCUGGUAUAUUGCAGAAUGCAAGCUUCUUCUCAAGGUACAUCUGCCUUCUCUAACAGAGGCUCAUAAGCUGAACCAAUCACUGCACCUCCAUAGGAACAAAUAGCGAAAUCAGAUGUGUUUCUUUGAAUAUCUGCAGUUGAGUUGUUUUGUUUGUUUAUUUGUUAGCUAAAAUCUUUCCUGUUAUUCUGUUGACCCAGUGCUAAUAAGUUAAGGGUUAGCAUGUGCACUAACAUGCGAGAACCUAAAUUAUUAGUUUAGGCCGAUUACCCCUUUUGGAGCAAAAUUAAUCUUGGUUAUUACCUUUAAAAAGGAUUAACAAAAAAAAAAAAGACAAAAAAAAUUCUCUUAAGAGGCAAGUGCAAUUUAAAUGUUUUACUGAAGGGAAGCUAUCGCAGUCUGUCAGCCCCGAGACUCUAAAUGAGGGAGGUUAAAUGUUUUUGAGAAAACAGAAAAAAGAAAAUGUAAACAAUUUUAAGUUGCAUCCUCAAUUAUAAAUUAGGGGAAAAACAUAGAUGCCGGAAUGCAGACGACGCUUGACAGGGAGUGUGUAACUGAACAGAACUGAGCAUGACCGAAACAGCACUUAUACUCUAUUGAGGCCGGGAAGCAGUUAUUUAUUACGUAAUCAGAAAUUCGUAAUUAAGCGAAACACAAAUAGUGUAUAAAUGGCUUAUGAUUACAUGUUCUUAGAGGAAAGAAAAGGAAGAACUCAAUCGGCUGUAAGCUUAAAAAGCUACUGUUUACAGAGCGUCAUGAUGGGAAUGCAGGCUGUUAAAAUCAGGAAGAAAGGAGUGAACCUCUAAAAUCUGCACUCAGUGCAACACUACAGUGAUUGUGAAGGUGCAGUGUAGCUGCACAGUGUUUGCGAACGCGACGUUUGACGGAUCUCGACCGCCCCGUGCGCAGGGAUCUGCAGUGUGCGUGGCUGACUCUUCGCCUCUGCACUUCCGACCCAGAUAUAUUUCACUACUCUCUCCAAUACUCUUAAUUUGCACGAAGAUAUAUAGCCCACGUUACGUGCCUUGCCUUUGAAUAUAGAAGAGACAUCACUACACUUGUUUUUGCUGCAUUUAUUACCAUUUUAAAAAAAUUAACAUUUUUAUGAUAAAAAUAUUUUGUACUCUGGAUGAAAUUGUGACAUCAUUGAUUUUUAACUACAUUUUACUACUUUAUCUCACAUUUAUAAUGCAUAUCAUGGCUGUGUAUAGUUGCCGUUUUAAAGUUUAUAAUCAACCAGCAUUAUUUUUCAGUAUUUUUGGCGGGUUUUCUAAUAACCCUUCCUUUUUGUUGUUGAUGUCGUUGUCGUUUUAUUUUGUUUAUAUUUUCAUCUUCCAAUUACUAUUUUGGGGGGGGGGGAUUUCAGAUUUAUAAGAAUUAUGCAAUACCAAGUUUUGCCUAUGUAGGUAGUGCUUUUAGCUCUGUUGAAUAUUAGAAGCUAGCAUUGAGAUAGAAAAUAUCGUACACAUUUAUUUUGUCAUUGUUGUCGUUUUCCUUUUUUUUUAUUGACCAAAGUGGGGGCUGCUCUCUAUGCAGUGUGUGACAAGGUCGUUUUUUUAGUGUAGUGAAAGAUGGUUAGGCGUGUUUGAUCUUCUUUUUUUUUAAUUCUGGGUGACGGGGGUGGGAGGGGGAGGCUUAUUUCCUUGAACUUUACAGUGCAUCUGUGAGAAAUGCACCCUUGGUCUUUUUUGGCUGCAACGUCACCGUUCUGUCUACUGUGACAAACCAGUUCCUUCUUCAAACUUCCCACCUGGGGGGGCUAGCACGAUUCCUGGAAGAGGCUCACAUUCGAAGGAGAGGAGGCGUGACUUGAGUGGGACAAUCAAGUGGGGGGGGGGGGGGGAAGACACAAAUAAAAAAUUUAAACGAGAAUAAUCACGCGAUGAAUACCCGUACAGUUAAAGAGAGGCAGGGCAGAGCAAGCCAGCCUUAUAAUUAACCCCUAUAACUGACUGUUUGCUCCCUGUCCUGCGCAGAUACGAACGAACUGCGCGCAGCAUGAAUCCCCGCCUUGGAUUCGGCCUUUUCGCUGCUGCCGCAUCUCUGACGUUGACGUUAAAGUGAACGUUCGCCGACGACGCUGUAUUGACACAAGUAGCUGUAUGCAAAUCAGUUCCCAAGCAGAGGCCUUAAAAAAAACUAAGUGACUUAAAAUAACGUGUUACAAUCACCGACCCACAAUGCAUGCUAAACUGGACAAAAUCAGAAUUGAUCUUUUUUUUUAAUUAUUUUCAAUAAUGCUAUCCAGGAAGUGUGCACCAGAUGUUUUUUUUUUCUGGGGAAGGGCCUCCAUAUGGAGGUGUUAUCGUUUCAAUGUAAGUUAGAUAAGCUAUGGACUUCAGCAAGAGGGGGCGGAGCCAGCUGCCUUGAGGUGUCGAGGUCAGAAGCAGGUCAAACGCAGGCAUCUUCGCAUUGCAUUGGCAGUCGUUCUCUCCGUGGUGUCCUUCAGGAAAACACCCUGCCGUUAAUCCGCGACCACAGAUCUCAGGCAUACCGAGUCACGGGGCAUUAUAGGUUUCAGUCGCAUCCCAUCGGAGAUCCUUAUCGCCUAAAGCCUAAAUCUCAUGUCGUCCCCAACGCCCUCACGAUACCAUUUAUACUUAUUUAUCCACCAGCUCCGUCUCCAGGACGGCCAAUGAGCGAGAGAGAGCGUGUGAGCGAGCGAGAAUGUGCUUGAGGAACGUGUGCGUCGACUCAGCCCCGCCCCACAUCUCCAUAGCAACCGUGCAGGGGUCCGACUCACACAGCUCAAGUCAGGCUUCGUCUCCUGCUUCACCUAGAUACUAAUCUCUAUAAAUUAAAAAGAAAUGAUAAAAACAAGCCGCCCCAUUCUAUGUGCACUGUUUUGCAUUUUUCUUUAAUUUUAUUUUUUUUUUUUUUAGAAAACGUAUGUGCUUUGCAGCUCUUUGGCCACUGGAACGACACUGAAGUGCAUUUCCCCUGGCAUGACAAGAAUGUUUCGGGCCUUAUUUAAUUCUCGAGGAAGUCAACGCAGUGAAGGAGACGUGUACAUAAAGGAGAAAUGGUGGCAAUAGGCCUUGGGGUAAUCGUCAGCUCGGGUAGCUCUGCAGAGUGUUGUGUUUUGACUCUGAAGCUGCAGGAUGGGGGACAGUUGAGGGUCUUUCUAUUGAAAUGCCUGCCUUCUAGACAGCAGUUUGUACACUGUAGGUUUUUUUCUUAGUAUUUUUUUUUCCAUGCCCUGUCCUGUAAAGGUAGUAACGUUACCAUGCUAAGGGGUUUGUGUGAUUUUCCAUUUUACAAUAAAACGAAAAGGAAAAAAAAACAUGCAAUGGGAACUGGACUCGAGUUACAACUCUCCAGUUCCUCUUAAUUUAUGAAUCUAAAAAUACUAUCCAUUUUCAUAUUCCUGUACUUAAAAAGUAGAGGUAAAUUAUCCUUUACAGAACUGUAAAUCGUGAAAAUUUAUAUUUUAUGAAGGUCUUUUUUUUUUUGUUGUAUUUAGUAUUGAUUAACUCGAUUAUGGAGACAUUUCAUAAAUGUUGGAGGUGUCAUUUUUGCAGCCACAGAAACAGAAAUAUCACUGUCAGCUAAGGGUUACAUUGCAUACGAUCAGUGCUAUAAAUUACCCUUUCACUUCCUCUGACGUUCCCACACCAGUGUUUUCCUGUAUGCAAUGGUCACUCCUUGUUAUGCUUUCUUGCUGCGACACGAUGUUACAGGGGGAUAAAAGGUUUGUAUGAUCAAUUUUUAUUUGUUUUUGUUGCAAUUCUGACACUUUUUUUUUUUUUUUAAAAGGGCUGAUUGUUUUAAACAGUGUGGUUGUUGUGUACAUGAUUAAAAUUCGUUCACAGCAUUGCAUCUUCUCAUUGCAUCAGUGACACUGUCCUAUUACAGAAGUGUGCUACGAAUUCAGCCCUUAGCAUACCCCAAGGCUCCUGUUUAGAGGGCAACACCCACAAAGCUUUCCUGCCCCUCGUAUGCAAGGAGGACCAGUGACGCUAAUGCAAUCUCUGUGUAAUUCCUGACCUUUUACUGAAUGUGCUGUAAAACCACACUGCAGGGACUGCGAUGGUAUUAGCAAACGUAUUAGCACUAGCUGAAGAGUGACUUUUAAGCGAUAUGAUCUGUAUAUUUUUUUCCCUUUUUUUUCGGAGGGCUUUGAUUAUGGCAUGAAUUAACAUCAGGUGUGUGUAAACAAGAGUGUCACGAAAAACCAGCAUAUGUAAUGUUUACCAAAAAAAGUAAAAAAAAAAAGUAAAAAAAAGAAAAAAACAAUAAUUAAAAAAAUUUAGAAAUUGAUUUAAGCAGUGCCUGUUCAAGCUCACAGUCUCAGUGGAGUUCAGUUGUAAAUAAAAUUCUUGUUAGAUAUUUUGUCAGCAAACAAACAAUGUGAGGGGCACCUCUUUUCUGGUCUGUUCUCCUUUUGUGUUUGGUUUGGAAUGUGUCCUCAACAGAACGUUUGUGCUUCAUUUAAUUUUUCGUCAGCUGGGAUGAAGGGCCCCUGUCUCUUGAUUUGUCUAUGAGGAAUUAAAAAGUAGUAGGGCAGUGUGUUUCUUUAGAUUGUCAGUGCUGCACUUAGUACAACCGUAGGUGACAAGUUGUCAGUUUAAAAAAAAAAAAAAAAAAGCUUGCUAGCUAAACAGCAGGGUUGAUCCAUUCUGGGUCUUGUGGCACUUUUACACCUUCUGCGAAUACGACGACAAUAAAACUGGCGAAUUAAAAAUAAAGCAACAACAACGACCAACAAAAAAAAGCUACAUUGAUAAAAAAAAUGCUGUCGUAGUAACAGUAGUAACACUGCAGGUAUGUGCACAGUUUGUAGGUACCUGAAUGUAAUUUUUAGAGGAAUUUAUACUCUUUGUUUCUUAUAUUUUGCAGUUUAGGAAACCCGGGUGUCCUUUGAGUAGCUACUGGAACAGGGAGACUGUUUUUCCAGUUUUGAUUUUGUUUGAAUGGUUUUAGAUUUUCUUGGCUAAAAGCUGCAUUUGGUGCAGGGGCUAAAAUUGCCACAAGAUUAAAAAUCAGUGUAAAUAAAGCUUGACUUAUUGUGAUUGUUACUGUUAUAUCCAGCCUAUUCUGCUAGCAGCUGCUCUUGAUGCAGUCAAUUACUGGAAGUGGACAUAUUUCCUAUGCAAAACUGUUUAAACAAUAAAAUGAGCUAUGCUACAAAA